CGCCGAUGGGACUAAUACUCUCUCCGUUUCCAGUCCUCGCUCUCCAUCCAUCCAUCCACCCAUCCCCGCUCCAGAAUCCCUGCAUCUACACCCGUCCUUUGCAAAAGCCGUUACUUCGAAGGCGACACGUGUAGCCAGCCUGCAACAGCCAGCACCCGUCUUGACCCUAAUCCGCCAGCCAGGGUCCCGUUAUGGACGUCCUAAGACCGGGCCAUGCCCAUCGAAGCAGUAGCGACAGACUGCUCAACAACUAUCUCGACUCUCAAAAAUCUUUAUCAACUUCUCUUUUCACCCUCCUUUCCCAUUCACACUCGUCCACCUCCUCCCUCCUCGCCUAUGUGACGUCUUCCCCUGGUGUUCUACUUUCAGUCCGUCGAGCCGUUCGUCAUGCAGCGUUUGAGGGUCCUCUCUCCUCUUCAAUGACCGAGCGCGGGGAUCAUUUUCCUGAGCACGACUCCGAAGGCGGAUGGGCCGCGUACAUCUCCAGUUUGGAACAGUUCCGAAAGGACUUGAAGCAGAUCCAUCUUCUUGAAGAAGAGUUGAGCCGAGUCAAGAGAGAUAGAGAGAUCCUUGUUGGGAGACUUAUCAAGGCCACAAAGGGACGACCCACCAAGUCUGAUCUUUCAGCACUCGCGUCUACCUACAGUUCCCAUGCGCUUCACGAUGCUCCCCAAUCUUCGCGAGCCUCUGUCCUGUCUGAUAACUCCUCAGUCACUAGCAAAGAAGGUAAGAGGGCUGGAAAGCUUGCAGAUGCUCAAGCCGAGCUUCUUGGCUGUGAAGAACACCUUCGAGGAUUGGAAGUUAGGAUUGAAAAUGAAAGGAACAGGGUGAUGAGCAGGGGCCUCGAAGAAAGAUUCAGGUCCAUGGAAGUCGUCGGAAGGAUGUGGGUUCAACAAGCGAAGAGGGGCUUGGAAGAUUUGGACAAGAUGCACGACCUCCCUCCCGAUGCCUUUGAGCUUGACUCCAAUGGUUCUUUGGCCCCUUCUCAGUCAGCCUCUCAAAUCAUACCCUACGACGACCGCCCUCCUUCUCGCAGCGACGUACCUUAUCCUCGUCACAUGCAGCACGAAGUAGCGGGUAGUAUUACCGGGAGUAUCGCCGAGGAGGACGAAGACGGUUCUUCGUCUGAAGAGGAUCCCAACCAGUUUGUCGUCCAUGAAAACCGACCUGGCUCACAACUGAGUCCCCGCCUGCCUCCCAAAGGCCGUGCCACCCCGGGGCCCAAGUCACCUUCCCUCGGUGUACCUUCGGUCAACUCGCGAGCCCGUCCUCUCUCUAACGUCGAGUCUCCUGGUCGUGGCGGUCGAAGAGCUGCAAGCGAUAUCGGUACUGGUGCUUAUCGUCCACCUUCUUCUCGUGCACUGAGGCGUACCAUCUCUCAUGACGAACCCAGCCCCAGAAGGGCAGGAUCUGAUACCAGUAGUAUCAGGGAACAUAGGCCGAAGAAGAAGGGAUUCUUUGCUUCUAUUGGAAGGCUGUUCAAGAGCAAGAAGCAUGGUUCUGACAGGUCUUCAUCACCCCCUUAUGGCUCCAGCCGUGGUGGAUGGCAGACUAGGACAGACUCCAAUGUCAAGCGUGCGAAUGCCUUUGGAGGUGCACGAGGCGGAGACGAAUCCUCUAGCGACGAGGACAACGGCAACCUUGUCAGUGUAUCCAACAACCGCAACUCGACUUGGACUGUGGAUCCCACAAGGUCUUCUGGAUCUCAUAUCAAGCGCAGCUCUACCAUGCCUGUUGCCAACGGACUGAUCCCUCCUAAGCCUACCCGAUCAACCAGCCAGAGCACUAUCACCGCGAAAAGCAAGCCCAAGACUACUGGAGCAAGCAAUGUGUCCAGAUCGAACACCGUCAAAUCUAGUGUCUCUGAGGCCACGACCGUGAAAUCUGGUGGGACGGUAAAAAAGAAGACUCGCCCCAACGGUUCUAUCGCCCGUGCCAAGAGCCCAACUUCUGUUAACGGUCAUGGUCAGGGCGCCGGGGUGGCUGGUCGAAACAUCAUGACGUUAGUCGACACUUCUAACCCUCCCGUCAUGCCCGAAGUACCCAAGGCGCCCAAGAGCCAAGUUAACCCCGAGAUGGAAGGCAUCAAAGCCCCCGGGAGCAGCAUUGUGACUGCGGAUACUCCACUCCCUCCCAUCAAGCACACUCCGUCUGCUGCCACUUCGGUGGGAGCACCUGCGUUGGGUAGAUCGGUAUCCUCCAAGUCGGCCAAGAAGAAGGAGCAGGUUAAGCCAAAGAGUUCUCCUCCUUACAGGCCCACUACUCCCCUACCCCCUAGCAGGACGCUCUCGCCUCCCGUCAAGUCUGCUAUGCGACCCACUUCCCCUCAGCCCUCCUCCCCUCUCGCACCCAAGUUGGAUCUUCCCACCACUCCCAUGUACACUAUUUCUGCCCCUGCUCCAAUUUCACUGGAAGAGGUGAAGAAGGAACAGGAAAGGGAAAAGGAGGAACAGGAACGGGAACGGGAACGGAAAAGGGAACAGGAAAAGGAGGAACAGAAGAGCCGAGACGCUAAGCGAAGCUCAUUUGUGUCGUUGCAGAGUGAUGGAGCUAGUAUCUACGAGUCUGCUAUGGAAGACGGAGAUGAGGGCUACGGUCCGGAGACCGACUCUUCUGAUGAUGAGGAGGAUGCCGCCAACUACAAGAUGGUCAAAAAUGACAAGGUCAUUAGGCGUGGUGAAAUGGCCACUGGUGAUCCCAACUACAUGAAAGACGAUGAAGAGGAUGAGGGUAGCCAAGUCACUAUCGGAGCUCGCUCUGAGCCUACAGCCAUUGCAGCUGCUCCCCCUACCCUCGGCGCACCUGCCAGCGCAAUCCCUCGCCGUCGAAAGUCUGUCCGCAUGGCAGUACCAGACUCCCCUAGCACCGAAUCCCACCCUCAGGUCCAUGUCCCCCAAGCACCCAGACCCAUUGCCGUGUCUACCGAGGAAAGGCCCCGUUCUCGUACUCCCAGCCCCGAGCCUGAAAGAGUUGAGCAGGCUUGGUCUACGCGAAUCGGAAGGAUGAGGGAGGACACCAGUGAGGAUGAGGAUGAGCAAGAUGAUUACGUGAGAGCAAGAAAGGGCUUGAUUAAGACCAACAAAUGGGAUGCGGUCAAUGCUGCCAAGGAGAAGACGAAGGGUUUGAAGAAAAAGGGGAGUGUUAAGAGUAAGGGGAGCGUCAAAUCCAAGGCUUCUCGAGCGUGAGGGGAAGGAAAAGAAGAGACAUAGUGAACACGCAAAAUGCGUUUAAUAGAUCUUGUUAUACACACGCAUAAUGAGGUUGAAAGUAAUCAAAUCUAUAGGUAAUUAAGAAUGCUACGUAUAGUCUGCUGCUAUGAAAUACCGUAUAUGGCCC